GUGCUGCGGGGAGCUCGAUCAGCCCCGGAUGGUGGCCAGCGGCGUGGCUCCGAGGCCCUGUGCCGGCCAGGAGGGCGCCGCGGUGUGCGGCGCCGUCAUCGAGUCCUCCCCUGCUGCGGAGCAGUGGUAAAGCCCGCAGCUCAAAUUCCGAGAAUUGAGCUCUGUUGAUUCUUAGAACUGGGGUUCUUAGAAGUGGUGAUGCAAGAAGUUUCUAGGAAAGGCCGGACACCAGUUUUAAAGCAAAAUUUUGGACUGUGAAGCAAGGCAUUGGGCGAAAACAACAUGGCCUCACCGGCUGACAGCUGCAUUCAGUUCACCCGCCAUGCGAGUGAUGUUCUUCUUAACCUUAAUCGUCUCCGGAGUCGGGACAUCUUGACGGACGUUGUCAUUGUGGUGAGCCGUGAACAGUUCAGAGCCCAUAAGACAGUGCUUAUGGCCUGCAGCGGCCUCUUCUACAGCAUCUUCACUGACCAGUUGAAGUGCAACCUUAGCGUAAUCAAUCUGGAUCCUGAGAUCAACCCUGAGGGGUUCUGCAUCCUCUUGGACUUCAUGUAUACAUCUAGGCUCAACCUACGGGAAGGAAACAUCAUGGCUGUGAUGGCUACAGCCAUGUACCUGCAGAUGGAGCACGUUGUGGACACGUGCAGGAAGUUCAUCAAGGCCAGCGAAGCAGAAAUGGCCCCAGCACUUAAGCCUCCCCGAGAAGAGUUCCUGAACAGCCGGAUGCUGAUGCCCCAUGACAUCAUGGCCUACAGAGGGCGUGAGGUCGUGGAGAACAACCUGUCGCUAAGAAAUCCCCCUGGGUGUGAGAGCAGAGGCUUUCCCCCUGGCCUCUACAGUGGCCUGUCAACACCGCCAGCCUCGUAUCCUAUGUACAGCCACCUCCCACUCAGCAGCUUCCUUUUCUCUGAUGAAGAGCUACGAGAUGCCCAUGCCCGCAUGCCUGUGGCUAACCACUUCCCCAAGGACCGGACCCUCUCCUGCGACAGUGCCAGGCCAGUCCCCGGUGAAUAUAGCAGACCAGCCAUGGAGGUGUCCCCCAGCUUGUGCCACAGCAACAUCUACUCACCCAAGGAGGCAGUCCCAGAGGAGGCACGGAGUGACAUCCACUACAGUGUGACUGAAGGCCCCAAGCCUGCUGCCCCCUCUGCCCGGAAUGCCCCAUACUUCCCCUGUGACAAGGCCAGCAAAGAAGAAGAGAGACCCUCUUCGGAGGAUGAAAUCGCCCUGCACUUUGAGCCCCCUAAUGCACCCUUGAACCGGAAGGGUCUGGUUAGUCCCCAGAGUCCCCAGAAAUCUGACUGCCAGCCCAACUCACCCACAGAGUCCUGCAGUAGCAAGAAUGCCUGCAUCCUUCAGGCCUCUGGCUCCCCGCCAGCCAAGAGCCCCACUGACCCGAAAGCUUGCAACUGGAAGAAGUAUAAGUUCAUUGUGCUCAACAGCCUCAACCAGAAUGCCAAAUCAGAGGGCACGGAGCAGGCAGAGCUGGGCCGCCUCUCCCCUCGAGUCUACCCAGCCCCACCUGUCUGCCAGCCACCUUUGGAGCCUGAGAACCUUGGUCUCCAGUCCCCAACCAAGCUCAGUGUGAGUGGAGAGGACUCAACUAUCCCCCAAGCCAGCCGACUCAAUAACAUCGUGAACAGGUCCCUGACAGGCUCCCCCCGAAGCAGCAGUGAGAGCCACUCACCACUUUACAUGCACCCCCCAAAGUGUACGUCCUGUGGCUCUCAGUCCCCACAGCAUACAGAGAUGUGCCUCCACACUGCUGGGCCCACGUUCCCCGAGGAGAUGGGAGAGACCCACUCAGAGUACUCAGAUUCCAGCUGUGAGAACGGGGCCUUCUUCUGCAAUGAAUGUGACUGCCGUUUCUCUGAGGAGGCCUCACUCAAGAGGCACACGCUGCAGACGCACAGCGACAAACCGUACAAGUGUGACCGCUGCCAGGCUUCCUUCCGCUACAAAGGCAACCUCGCCAGCCACAAGACCGUCCACACAGGUGAGAAGCCCUACCGCUGUAACAUCUGUGGAGCGCAGUUCAAUCGGCCAGCCAACCUGAAGACCCACACUCGAAUUCACUCUGGGGAAAAGCCCUACAAGUGUGAGACCUGUGGGGCCAGGUUUGUGCAGGUGGCCCACCUCCGUGCCCAUGUGCUCAUCCACACCGGAGAGAAGCCGUACCCCUGUGAAAUCUGUGGCACCCGCUUCAGGCACCUUCAGACGCUAAAGAGCCACCUGCGCAUCCACACAGGAGAGAAACCUUACCAUUGUGAGAAGUGCAACCUACACUUCCGUCACAAAAGCCAACUGCGACUUCACCUGCGCCAGAAGCACGGCGCCAUCACCAAUACCAAGGUGCAAUACCGCGUGUCGGCUGCUGACCUGCCUCCGGAGCUCCCCAAAGCCUGCUGAAGCAUGGAGUGUUGACUCUUUUCUCCCUAGCCCUUUCUCAGAACCUCCCCAAAGGAUGCUGUAACACUUUACAAAGGUCACCCCAUGAUGUAGUGCCUCUCUCAUCCACUAGUGCAGAUCAUAG